GAGGAGUUGUGGGGGAUCGAGGCUUUAGGUUCCAGAGGGCGCGGCGGCGGUGUGGUCGUGUGGGAAAAAUGGCGGCCUCGCCGCCGACGCAGAAGCCGCGGCUCGCGUCGGUGCCGGAUGCGCUUGCCUCUCUCCCCCUCGAGGUCCUCGACAACAUCUUCUCCCGCCUCCACAUCUACGACGUGGUCCGCACCUCGGUGCUCUCCCGCGCGUGGCGGCGCCGGUGGGAGGCGCUCCCCACGGUGGACCUUUCCCAUAGCCCCGGCAUCUGCGCCUCCGACGUCGACGCUCUGCUCCUCCGCCGAGGCUCCGCACCCGUCCGCGCGUUCUGCCUCCCCGCGAGGGACCCCUCUUGGAUGGCCUUCAACUACUUCCACGACUGGCUCCUCCGCCUCUCCCGGCGCGGCGUCCGGGACCUAACCCUCGGCUUCCCGUCCCGGUUCGGCCUCUUCCAGUUGCAUUCCUGCCUCUUCUCGUGCCGCGAGCUCACCCGCCUCAGCCUCACCAACUGCCGCAUCCCGCCGGCACCCGCGGGGCUCGCCGGGUUCCCGAACCUCAAGACGCUGCGCCUUGAGAAGGUCGUCGUCGCCGCUCAGGAGCACGCGGGGAAGGGGUUCGCGGCCCUGAUAGCCGCUUCGCCGGUGCUUGAGGAUGUGGAGAUUGUCUGCGUGGUGCUUGUCGGGGAUGACCCCGAUGAUGAGUGGGUGAUUCGGGCGCCCAAUCUCCGGAAGCUUUCGAUUCUCGGUGCUUUUAAAUAUGGUGGUGUAACAGAAAGCCUCCCGCUGCUUGAGGAAGCGAUUUUCUUCGGCACGAAUUGUGCAAAGUUUUUGACAGGGAUGGCGGGAAUCACCAAGCUUGACUUCAGCUUCAUUUCCAUUUGGCCAACUGAAGUUGAUGUCCUGGAGCGGCUUCCCUUCCUGUUUGAGAACCUUAGGUUCUUAUCUGUUACAGUGAAUUUCUGCAAAAUGUGCCACGUUUUUUCUAUGUUCUGCCUGCUCAGAAGUGCUCCUGUUCUUGAGGAACUCGAAGUUUGGGGAUGGAGCGAUGGAAUCCAGGAAAUUGAAACAAACAGCGAGUUCUUGAACGCUCAGUGUGCUGAUCAUAUAUUUGCAAAACUUCAUGUUGUCCAUAUGAAGAAGUUUUCAUACCUCAUUAAUGAGAUGCACUUUAUGGAGUUUGUUUUAUUGAAAGCAAGAGUAUUACAAGUGUUAUAUGUCACCCUGGAUUUCUAUGCCACAUGCAGUAAUGAGGAGGUUGUUACUGAAAUAGCAGAAUAUCCUAGAGCCUCAUCUGAUGCUCAGGUUAUCUUCAUGGGAAGAGAACCAGAAUCUGCAAAUGAUGAAAGCAGAGGCUUCAUUACCGCGGAAGAUUCUGAUGGUGAGAUGUCAAUAGAUAAAGCUCGCCCUCGAAGACGCCAGCGGUUGAAAUCUGAGUCUGUGGCACAGGUGGAGCAGCUUCGGGAGGAGCUACAAAAUCUGAAAAAUGAGGAGGUACAGAUUCUCAAGGAUAGAUUACGGUUGAAUGAGGAGAUAUCAGUGUUGUAUAAGGACCUCAAAAAGUAUGUCAGUUACAGCAAUUCUGCCCUUCAGUUGCUGUGCAAAGGAUGCAAUAUUGCCUGCCCUCACCUUGACCGGUCGGCAUCCCACUGUGCAGCCACUCGUGCAUCGUCAUCUGACCAUGCAGGCACUUCCAAACAAGGAGGCACUCCAGUGGAUACUGCCAUCAAUGGUUCUCGUGUGGAUCCUCCAGAAAACCACGCUGUCGGUGGUCCUGGAAAUGUUCACAUGGAUGCUCCAGGUGAUAUCAUCAAUUGUGCUGACGAUGCUCACCCGAAAUCUCCAGAAGACCAUGACUAGCAAGGAGAUUCAUGGUUCUAGUGUCACCCCCUCCCCAGUCCCCUCUUUCCGCUGUACUAAUAUGCCUGAAACUAUCCAGUUUGGUUACACCCUGGAUUGGAAUGCUGGACAACGAUUCAACGAAUGAUGUAUCUUCAAUUUACUGCUCUUUAUAUUGCGAACUCCAUAUUUUCAGGAGCUGUGCCA